AUGUCAUCGCAGAUCCCGGAGCGGUAUAAAAUUCUGGAGGCGGUGGGAAAAGGGUCGUACGGGAUGGUGUGCUCCGCUGUCGAUAGCGUCCGCAACAACGCCCCAGUCGCCAUCAAAAAGAUCACUCCCAUGGCUGCUCACAGGUAG